AAUUAUUACGGUCUUCGAAGUAAAUAACUAAAUAGUGAUAUUUAAUUCUACAAGCGAUAUCUAACAAAGGAGUGUAACAAGAUUCAAGUAAUAAUUAUUUUUAGUAAUACCUUUUUAAUGUGUUACCUACCGGUGUCCGGUAUCAUCAAAACAUUUUUCUAAAGAAAUGUCAUCCAAGAACCGGCAAACUUUUGCUGGUCUUCCAACCAUCGAGGGGAAUGAUCAUGAGGAAAAAUCUUCACAAAGGGUUGCUGGCCCAUAUAUAUUAUUAUUUUUUGGUUUCUACUUGCUUCUUACAUAUAUAGUUAUAGUUAUUGAAGAUGCUAUGCCAACAGUUAUCCGUGAAAGAGACAUUGCAGAUGAUGAUUCGAAUACAUUUAGCGAAGAAACCGCAAAGGUUUACCUCAAUCGCAUACUCGGAGGCCAGCCCAGGGUCGCAGGGACAUUGUUUCACUUGAUUAAAACUAGUGAUAUGAAAGAUCUCGUUGAUGAAAUUGCUAACAAAGCAAACAUACCCGUGAGAACUGAUUGGCAGUUUGUUUCUGGUGAUUACUGGUUAGCAUCCAGCUCCCCCCAUGUGAACUGUUACCAGAACGUUUCGAACGUCAUAGCGGUGUUGGAAGGUGAGAGCGGUUUCCAUCCCAACGGUACCAUCGGGACAUCGUUGUUGGUCAACUGUCAUUACGACUCGGUACCCUUUGCUAUUGGUGCGUCGGACAAUGGCGUGUUCUGCGCCGCGAUGGCGGAAACUUUGUCCAAGUUAUCUCGGAGGAAGCAAAAACUGAAACAUAACAUAAUCUUUCUCUUCAACGGCGCUGAAGAGAGUGCCCUCAUGGGGAGUCACGGGUUCCUCAGUCACCCGUGGGCGAAGGGCGUUACGAACGUUGUCAAUUUAGAUUCAGCCGGAAUGAACGGAAAGCCGAGCGUUUUCCAGGUAACGGAUCCGAGGGUGCUGAUGGCGUACAAGAGGACUUGCUCGAGACCGAACGCGCAAGGCUUGGGGGAGGUUUUGUUCGCUUCGGGGGUCAUACCCUCAGAUACUGACUUCAGGAUUUUCAGAGAUUUCGGGAACAUACAUGGUAUCGACAUAGCUUUCAUAAAGGGCGGUAACGUCUACCACACCCGCAACGACAGGCCGGAGCUUAUACAGGAUGGAGUCAUCCAGAACGCUGGCAACAUGCUGCUGAGCCUCGUGCGGGAACUGGCUGACAGCGAGGAGUUGGAGAAUAAGGAGUCGAAAUCCACUGUGGUCUACUACGACUAUAUGGGACUGUUCAUGGUGACGUACUCCACGACUACCGCCCUCGUCGCAGACGUACUCGUCGGUCUGCUGGGUCUCUCCAGUGUGGUGUACUUCCUGUGGCUGUUUGGAUUCCGACGAUCUUCUGUAAUAGAACUACUGUGGUCGGCCGUCGGUCGAAUAGUGUGUGUGCUAUUCGGCCUCGCGGUGGUCGCUCUGAAUACCGUCGUGAUGGUCGCCACAACCACGCAGAUGAGAUAUCUCUCCGAGCAGUGGUUGGUGGUACCGCUCUACAUAGGACCGUUUGUUAUAGCGAUGACCGCCGCAUCACACGCCUUCGACUCUUGGAGAGCAGGGAAGCGCAGCGCCAGUCGCGCCGCCCGCGCGGCGCGCGCGCAGGCGGCGGCCCGCGCGCUGCAGGCGGCCGCGCUGCUGCUGCUGUGCGCGCUGCCGCGGCUGGCCGGCGUGCGGUACGCGGUCGCCGCGCCGCUGCUGCCCGCGGCGCUCGCCGGCCUCGUGUCGCUGACGGCCGUCCGAUACCGGAGGUUGACGGGCUGGCGGCACCUGGUGCUCGAGGUGGUCCUGCUGCUGCCGGCGAGCGCGAUGUGCGUGUCGCUGGCGGCCCGCCUGCUGCCGCUGCUGGUGCCCAUCAUGGGCCGCUCGGGCUCCGACGCCCCCGACUACACGGUGGCGGCCGUCACCGCGGUGCUCGCCUCGCUGGCCGUGGCCCCUGUCUCGGGAGUGGAGCUGCUGUUCGGCGGUCGCGUGUGUGCGUCGCUGCUGUUUGCGAGUUCGCUGUGCGUGUGUGCGGCAUUCGCGCCGCUCAGCCCGUACCGCGGACACACGACGCAGAGACAUUUCUGGUAUCACUCACAAAUAACAACGUACGAUGCGAAUCUAACGGCCGUAGAGAACGUGACGGGCGUCCUCGUCAGCAAACUAGACGCGAACUCCGUGCAGUCGGCGCUGACAGCGCUCCGAGAGAGCCCCCUGUACGGGGCCCGCGGGGGGGCGGGGCCGGACCGGCCCGGGGACACUUUUGAGAUCACCGACAGCGAUUUGACUGUGUAUUCGACGGAUAAAUGUGAAAAAUAUAUUUAUUGCAAUUUGCCGCUCUACAAGCCGCGGUUCGACAGAUUUAUGAAAGGCAGUUUAUUCAUAAACAUGGGCCCGCCCGCGGAGUACGAACAUUCUUUGACGUUGGCGAACAGGUCCUGCGACGCCGACGGCUGCGCGUUGAGCUUCAUUAUGCGCGGCCCCGCCUACAACACGGUGAGCGUGUGGCCGCGGCCCGCCACGCCGCUGCGCGGCUGGUCGCUGGGCUCCCCCCUGCGGGCGACGAUGUCGCACGAGGGCCGGCCGCUGUUCGUCAUCACACACUCCACGUCCACCUACAGCGAGGUGUUCCAGCCUCUGGAGUUCACUUUGACGUUCUCGGUUCCGCGGGACUUACAGUCAGACAUCCUCGCGGACAUCUCCCACCACGCCCACAGAGUGUAUCACCCGCAAUACUUCACCACAGAUUACAAAAAGUUGCUCGGCGUUAUGCCGGAAUAUUUUAAUAUUGCGACAUAUUUAUCUUUUAGGACCAACUAUGUAUUUUAAUAUUACUACAGAGUUCAUUUCAAUAGAUAAUCUAUUUGGGUUUUAGAAAUUAAAAAUGGACGUAGCAACGAUUAUUUCACUUUACAUAAUUUGUACUUAUAAAAAUAAAUAUUAAACACAUUAAGUUUUCAUGGGCUUUUUCGCUCUUAAAUUAAUGCUGUAUUCGGUGGGGAAGGGAAAUUUCGACAGAAACCUGUAAGGGUCGAAUGAAAAUUGGCCACAUGUGUAUAACAACCCCACUGUGACCAAGCAGUGACCAGCAGAAAGACAUUGAUGGGUUGUGAUUAUAAUAGUUAUUAUAAGACUAGAUCAUAAGUAGGAUUUUUGUUUCAAUUAUAUAUUUAAAUUGAAAUUUUUGUUUGUGUUUUGAUCUCUACAUUUUUUAUUUGUCCAACUAAAUAUAACUCUAGAACAACUGAUAAGAGCUUUAAACAAAUAUUUGAUUUAUUGUAUAGAAUAACCACACUUAAAAGUUAUAUACGAAACUGUCCA